GUAACUAUAUAUUUUCUAAACUACUCACUGUUAUUCGAUCAGACUCUCGAAGUAUGUGGCAAUAACAAGUUGUUCAUUAAGAAGCUAAAAUUCUCGUAGUUCAUGGCGACUUUGACGGCCCUUGAUGGCACAUGCUUCGUGAAUAUACAUAUAUGUAUUUGAAGUGCUAAAAUUUACGAGGAAACGCUGCUCGCUUAUAAAUAUGAGCAAAGUACUUCAUUAAAAAUAAAAGACAUUUGUUGGGACAAAACAUGUUAUUGUGAAAUAUUGUGAUUAAUAUGUGCUUCUCUAAUAUUUUAUUGCAUUAGCACUUAAAUUUCGUAAAAGACUGCAAACUAUCUGCUCAACUCUUUAAAAGUGACUUAGUGCUGGUAUCUAGAAUUAUAACAACUAACAGUUUAUAGUAUUUGCGCUGCACGGAUAAUUAAUUAACAUUUUUAAAUUUUAUUGCGCUAUUGCAUCAUCCAAAAAUCAUGGCCAAAUACACUGAAACACUGUCAAAUUUUGAAGCUUCUCAAAAAUCCUACCGUUCCCGUACUUCCGUCAUUAAUGAUGUCGUCGUUGACAGUAUCAACACAUUAACAGAUCCAGAGACAUGUUCAAGGCAUGGGAAUAGCAAAAGCAAUAGCGCAAAAUUACAGUGGUGGAAUGCUCCUGCACAGUCAAUCUACUUAAAAGAGGCGACCCCGCUUGCAUCAAUGAACAAGAAGCCGCCUUAUCAUGAUCACGAGCAUGGUGUUUUUACUACAAAACAAAAGGGAAUCGGCACUACUGUUUCAAUGCCGUUAAUUACAUCUAAAGUUUACUUGACAGAUAACGAAAUAAAAUCAGGAAACAUUAUAACUAGUGAUGAUGCUGUUGAUCAAAAAGAAGCAAAUAAAGUCAAGGAGCGGAAAAAUAAUACCAAACAACAACAAAACAAUAGUAACAAUAAAAGCGGUGACUUAUCUCCAUUGGCACAUUCAUCAACGAAAGAUGUACACGUAAUAAACCAUCAACACCAUAAAAGUGCUUUCAAAUCUAACGUAAUGGAUAAUUUAGAUAAUAGUCGGGCCGAUGACAACGAAGACCAAAUAUUGCAAGAUUCACAAUUGCUUGCUAAAAAUCGUAAACCUAGUGUUGGGUUAUUAAAUGUUGGCGAAGAUGAUGAAAUGCAAAUAACAGGUUAUAAGCAUUCACGACUACGCUCUAUGCUGUGCUGGUUUUGCAUUUGCUUUACUGCUGGUCUAUUACGUCUUAUCUUGCACUGGUGGCGGCAUUGGUAUCUAAUUGCAACACACGUAAAAUGUCCAUUAGAAAUGGCCGAUAAAGUUUUGAUUCAAGAACAUUACGAAGGGAAGCAUAAUAUAUAUUACGUGAAGGCAAUACAAGAAAUUAAUGCCUCCUUAAUAGAGGAAACCCUACAGCAGCCAAAAAAAAAAAAAAUUUCUUCAAUAGCGUUAAAAGAUGAAAAUACCAAAGAAGGAUCCAAAGAAAAAAAAAAAAUACGAGAGAACUUUGAAAUUAGUGGAAAAGAUUUGCAUAUAAGUUUGCAUUUUUCUUCCGGUCAUUUUAAACGUAGCCCACGUGUGAGAAUCUUCACCUGUAAGCAAUUGCGCUAUGCGUGGGACAAUCUAACUCAAUCAUUUAAUAAACUGAAAGGGCUUGAUGUAAAUGUUACAAGUGCAUAUUUUCAUCAGCAGAAGGGUUUACCAGUUCAGGAACAAAUAUCCCGCCGUCUAGCUUAUGGUCCAAAUGAAAUCACAAUUCCUUAUAAGAAUCUAAACACUUUAUUAGUUUUAGAAACGCUCAACCCUUUCUACGUUUUUCAAAUUUUUUCUGUGAUGUUAUGGUUUACGUAUGACUAUUACUACUAUGCAUGUGUGAUACUCCUUAUGUCGAUGUUUGGCAUAAUUAUGUCAGUUAUGCAAACUAAAAAGAAUCAGGAUUCUUUACGUAAAACAGUAAUGAAUUCAGGCUGCGCUUUGGUAAUAACAGAGACUGGUGAAGUGCAUGAGAUCCCUACUGAUUAUUUAGUACCUGGUGAUGUUAUUGAAAUACCUACAGACGGAUGUAUAAUGCAGUGUGAUGCUGUGUUGUUAUCAGGGAACUGCAUUCUCGAUGAAUCAAUGCUUACAGGGGAAAGUGUGCCAGUUACGAAAAUCCCACUACCAAUGAAACGAGAUUUACUAUUCGACAAAAAAGAACAUGCACGGCAUAUCCUAUUUUCUGGAACAAAGGUUAUACAAACGCGUUAUAUAGGCUCUGAAAAGGUGUUGGCAAUAAUCAUCAACACCGGAAACAUCACAGCCAAAGGAGGACUCAUACGAUCGAUAAUUUAUCCACCACCAGUUGAUUACAGAUUCGAACAAGAUUCAUAUAAAUUCAUAGAAUGUUUGGCUUUGAUUGCAAUGAUUGGCUUUGUUUACACUUUAAUAACUAAGAUACUGCGAAAUAUUGAUGCCGUCAAAAUAGCUGUAGAAUCAUUGGAUUUAAUAACCAUUGUUGUACCACCCGCUCUGCCGGCUGCUAUGUCCGUUGGUCGCUUUUACGCUCAAAAGCGUCUAGAGAAACAAAAUAUAUAUUGCAUUUCACCACGAUCCAUUAAUGUUGCCGGCAGUAUUGACUGUUGCUGCUUCGAUAAGACGGGCACCCUAACGGAAGAAGGUUUGGAUAUGUGGGGUGUGGUUCCUAAAACUGUAACAAAUGAAUUUCAAAUGCCUAUCAAACAAAUUGAACGUUUACCUUAUGAUAACUUUUUGUUUGGAAUGGUAACGUGCCAUUCUAUAACUAUAAUGAAUGGAAAACUCAUGGGUGAUCCACUAGACUUAAAAAUGUUCGAGUCCACUGGGUGGAUUCUCGAAGAUCAAAAAAAUAUACCAGAUAGUCAAAAAUAUGGUUUAAUUCAUCCUACCAUUGUGCGUCAACCAAGAAAAGAAAAGAGUCCUAAUGAAUCAACCGAAAUAGAAACCCCAGUUCAACGCCAAUCUUCACUUGAUGAUUUAUUAGCUGAUGUUGGUCUUCUUAAUGGCGAAACAAACAACGAUCAUGGUAUAGUCCGAGAAUUCCCCUUCACUUCGAAUUUGCAGCGGAUGUCUGUUAUUACUCGACGGCUUAGUGAUGCAAAUUUUAAUGUCUAUUGCAAAGGCUCCCCAGAGAUGUUACAACAACUUUGCCAGCCUAAUAGCUUACCAGAAAAUUAUUCCCAACAAUUAGCAUUCUUUGCAAAACGUGGAUAUCGCAUUAUAGCUAUGGCUUAUAAACCACUAAGUCGUAAAAUGAGUUACAUUAAAGCGCAACGUUUUGCUCGUGAAAAUGUUGAAAGUGAUCUUGAGUUUCUUGGCUUCGUUGUAAUGGAAAACCGAUUGAAACGUGAUACAAGUGAAGUGAUUCGAACUUUAACUGCAGCGAACAUUCGAACUAUUAUGAUAACUGGAGAUAAUCUGUUGACCGCGAUUAGUGUUGCAAGAGAUUGUGGAAUUGUUUCACCGGAGCAAGCAGUUGUAACUGUUAACGUAAGACAACUACAAGUAAAAGAGGAUUAUAAAUACGAGCUUUAUUAUACACUUGAAUUGGGAAACUGUGAGGAAUCUGCCAAAGAAUUAUCAAACGGUACUGAAGUCCUUUCAGUGGAAUCUUCAGUUAUCAAUUCGGCUGCAGCUAUUUGCAACGUCGAUGAAUGUUACAAAAAAAUUAAUGGAGAUUUGGCGUCUUUAAGUAGUAUCUCAACGACCUUACCGAAUAGUAAUAGUUUAGUGAGUAUUGAAACGUGUGAAACGUGGACACAUCAAGAUCCAGAACUGGGCUUAGUCGUCCCUAAAAAAGAAAAAUCAGAUCGAAAUCAUUUGCCAAGAAGUGAAGUAAAGACAGGGUGGAGAAGAAAUUUCAGAUUUGCUAUGAUUGGAAGAACAUGGCAAAUUGUAAAGGAAAACUUCCCUGAUGAGCUCAAAAACUUCGUUGUGCGUGGAGCUAUUUUUGCACGCAUGUCUCCUGAACAAAAACAAGCACUGGUUAUGGAACUUCAACAACUGGACUACUGUGUUGCUAUGUGCGGGGAUGGUGCAAAUGACUGUGGUGCGUUAAAGGUGGCACAUACUGGUAUUUCACUAAGCGAAACCGAAUCUGCAAUUGCCUCUCCAUUUACAUCUCGUAGUUCAACAAUCCAAUGUGUGCCAAACGUCAUCAAAGAAGGAAGAGCUGCGCUUGUCACAUCAUUUGGCAUAUUCAAAUAUAUGGCUGCCUAUUCCAUGGUACAAUUUAUAUCAGUUAUGAUUUUGUACUCCAUUGACUCUAACUUAACGGAUAAACAAUAUUUGUAUGUCGAUUUGGGGCUCAUAUCUGUUUUCGCAUUUUUCUUCGGUAAAACGGAAGCACAUGUUGGACAUCUGGCUAAACAAGUUCCGUUAAGCUCGCUAAUCUCACUGGCUCCUUUGGCAUCAAUAAGUUUGCAUUUAGUUGUUGUAAUAGGAUUUCAAACUGCUGGCUGGUUUCACUUGCAUCAACAGGACUGGUUCGUUCCUUUCAAGCACAAGGAUGAGGAUCACUUGGGUUGUUACGAAAACUACACUAUGUUCGCGAUAUCAAGCUUUCAAUACAUAAUACUUGCAUUUGUAUUUUCGAAAGGAGCACCAUAUCGCAAAUCGAUUUGGUCUAAUAUACCUUUCUGUCUUUCAUUAAUCAUAAAUAUUGCUAUAGUCUGCUAUUUAGUCGUAUAUCCUACCGAUUGGAUAAGUGAAUUUUUCCAACUAAUCGUACCAGAAGAUUCCACUUUCCGUUACUUGAUGUUGUUAUAUGGUGUAGCCAACUUUUUUACGCAUGUCUUUGUUGAAAACUUCAUAGUGGAAUAUUUACUCUUUGAAAAAGUGCAGAUUCGACGCGAAACAAACAUGCAAAAUUCGAAACGAAGAUAUAUCCAUGUGGAAUAUGAUUUACAGUACUUCAAAAAUUGGCCUCAAAUUACACAUACCUGUGAGGUAUUCGAUUCCUUGACGCCCAAAGAAGAAAUAAAGCCAACUUAUGUAGAAAUUAGUGCAGAGCAAAACUUUGACAUGCCAGCUUCUCAAAACAAUGCUUUAAAUAGCUUUUUUGGAGUGGACUCAAUUCAAUCAAUUCCAACUUUGCCAAUGGUUGUCGAGGACAGCGUACUUAGUGAAUCGGAAUUAACAUGUCCGCUAUCAGAGGAAAGAACAAAAAAAGUAAAAUAAAUAGCAUAAUUAUUUAUGAAAAUUUCUUUACGCAACGACAGCUUUCAAUUUACUUAAUGUUGAAAGGUAUAAUUAUAAGUUAUUUGUUUUUAUUUUAGUUCAAAUUUUAUAGUGUUUGUAAAUUAUCAGAUGCGCUACCAUGAUAGUGUUAAUUGCAAAGUAAACUCAUUCAUAAAAAUAUAAAGUCGGUCGGUAUGGUAUACUAAA